GACGUCUUCAAACAAACGUCACUUCCGGCUGACGCGCCCUGCCGGAAAUCUCGUUGCAGGGAGGCGCGGUGCCGUGUAGCUCAUCAGUAAUACACUGACUAUACAAUUUGUUAUUGCUCAGGCGGUGGCGUCAGGGUGCUGGUAAUGGCUGAGCUUUCUUUGUAUUUAACAAACGCGAACGUUUCAUUGGGCCAAACUAUGGAUGUGGAAAAGAAUUCAAAUUCUGUAAAAAAUUUUGAAAAUGUUGAAUUAGGUGAAAUAGGAAAGAAGAAACCUCAGAAGAUACCACGAAGGAUAAUUCACUUUGCCAGUGGCGAAACCAUGGAGGAAUAUAGUACAGAUGAAGAGCAAGAAGAGCCAGAAAAGAAGGAUCUUUUGCCAGCAGUUAAUCCAAAUAAUCUGACUUGGGGACCGUACUUUUUGUUCCAUAUGUGGAGAGUAGCUACAGCAACAAUUUCAGUUUGUGAUUACCUCGGAGAGAAGAUGGCAUCGUUAUUUGGCAUUACUACUCCCAAGUAUCAGUAUGCUAUAGAUGAAUAUUACAGAAUGAAAAAAGAGGAACAAGAGGAGGAAGAGGAGAACCAAAUGUCCGAGGAAGCAGAACGUCGCUUUCAGGAACAACAGGCCCAGGAAAGUCUUGAACCACGCAGUACCCAACCUGAAGGAGCUGCUUCCUUUGUUAAUGUAACAUUUGAUCUAGAGAAAGACGGUUGUGCACAUUCUGAGAAUAACAGAGUUUCAGCUCCUAUUCCAACUUAACUCUAUAGUUAAAAACUGAAGACUGUCCUUUGCAAGCACUUUUCAGUUCACUUUUAUUUUCAAUAACUCCGUUAAUUUAUUUUUCAGGUUUAUGUGGAUUAUUUAAUAAUAUAUUGUUGUUUGGUGUCACAAGUGCUAAAGCUAAAAGGGUCAAAAUUUAAGAAAGAUGUAUUGCAGUCCUUGUGGCAUGUACAUUUCCCAUCCACAAAAGCUAAAAACCUUAGUCUAUCUCAAUUCUAUUGGAAGUGUAUUCUAAUAAUGUCAUUUAUUAUGUCAGGAACAGAAAUUUAUAAUUCUGUUUCUGAAGACAUUUCUUUCAUUGAAAAGAAUUUAGAAUUAGUGUUGCUGCAGAUAACCACACAGAAGCUCUUUUAAAAUAAAUCUAACAUUGUAUUAACAGUACACUCUAGUGUUUAUGAUCUAAAUGCUUGAAUUAUUCUCCUGCACCCUGGAGUGUGUUUGUUGGGUACCAACAAUGUGCUCAUUGAAUCAGUUUUAUGCAAAGCUACUAGGAUUUGUUAGGGGAGAAGUGUCGGAAAAAUCCUUCACUUAUUAAACUGAAAAAAUUAAACUGCAUGCCUUAUAUGCAUUAUCAAAAGCAAUGCUUUCUUGUAAAGUCAAUAGUGAAGAAGAAUGAGGUGAAACAUCAACCUUUUAAAAAAAAAAAAAAACAAAACAAAAAAAAACUUGAUAAACAUUUUAUAAUUUAUUACGUAAAUGUUUCUUUAAAUUCAAUGCUUUAAUAAUCAACACUUCAUAUUAUUUUGUAUAUAUAUUUAAUAAAAACUUUAAAAAGAGA